AUGGAGAAAAGCAAUCCUUUGCUCCCUUUUGCAUUUUCGACGAGCUCUUUCGACGAGAAGAGCGCCUUGAGCACAGACCCCAGGGAUAAACAUGUCAUAGACGAAAACGCAAGAAGCAGUUAUCAUACGAGAGGACAAGAUCGUCAGCAGGGUCCUUUACGGAGGGCGGCACCUCUCGUGAUGCCGCAAUUGAAGAGAAAGAUGGGUGAGAGUUUUAAUGAGAAGGACGAUAUCAAAAGAAGAGAUUUUGACGAUUUUAAUGAUCCAUCUAGUGAUGAGGACGAGUUCACUGGGGCCACUGACACUGAUCCUGACCUGAGGCAGAGUGUUGGUCCUCAGUCGUCCCAAUAUGUGGGCAAGGAGUUCCCCAGUAGUCCUCCUGUUGUACCUCAAAUGUCUGAGUUUGACAUAUCUACCACUACUCAGACAGUUCCAGACAGUCCAGUCCAAAUUAAUCAUGCAAUGGGGAGUUUAAACACGUCACCUGUGCACAAGAAGAAGCCACGGUUUGUUGACAAUCGAAGUUCAGAGCCUGAUUUCGGUAUCGGUCCGUUCAAUUCCUUCAAGACUUCCAGUUAUAUCGCAUGCCCCUCGACUGACACUGAUUACCCAAGUGAAGCUGACCCAACCUCGUCUGCUGCUCUGUAUGCGCUUGCAAGGCACAAGAUUCUCCAAGCAUUUGAAGAUGUGACCGCAUCAAUCAGCUUAGAAGGAAUGGGUCUAGCAGAGAUUCCUGAGGAGGUUCGUGAUUUGAAUAACUUGGUCAUUUUCUCUCAGGAUCCGAACAAAGACCUUUAUCAACUUUACUUGACCAACAACCAUCUACGGUCUAUCAACCCUGCACUUUUCGCUUACACUAAGUUAAACGUCUUGAGUUUGCGUCAAAACUAUAUUCGAUUUAUCCCAGCCAGUAUUAAGCAUCUCACAAAUUUGUGUGAUCUCAACAUUGCAACAAAUCAUCUACGAUACUUGCCUGUGCAAAUUCUUGAUCUCCCAAACCUUAGCACGUUCAGAGCAGGACCAAAUCCUUUCAUUUCGAUCCCUGUUGAUGCGAUUGAAAUUCCGCAAAGUGAGAAACCAUCUCCGAAAUAUGUCAGUCAGGUUAUCAAACAGGCUGAGGAAACCAAUGUUCCUUCUCUCAAAACUUUGUGCUUGCAUACCAUUGCUAAAUACGAUGUGACGUACAGCGAGACGCAUUCAUGGAAGCGCCAUACCCCUCGUGUUGUGCAUCACUUAAUAGCAAAGGCUAUUGCCAAAGGUAUGUUUGAAGAUACCUGUAGCGAAUGUGAUACGGUGGUUGUAGAGCCUUAUGCAGAGGUCUACGAGUGGUGGGAUGUUCUCAAGAAUACUAACGUUCCUUUUAAGCGUGAAUUCUGUUGUGGAAAAUGUGUCAGAAUUUACAAAGCAAGAACUGGAUACUUUGGUAGCCAUUACAGAUAA